CCCCUCUCCGAGCCACCACCCCGCCCCCUCUCCUCCUCCACCACCUCCUCCACUCCCCCCCCCACUCUCCAUGGACUUCCGCUUCUUCCGUCGAGGCCCGCCUAGCCCCGAACCCAAGUCCCCGGCCAGCGGGGGUGGAGGAGGGGGAGUGGCCGGAACCGGGGGCGGAGGCGGAGGCGGAGGGGGCCUGGGCUUGACCCUCGGGCCCCUGGCCCUGACCGGCCCGAUCUCCGGCAUCGCCCAGAUCACCCCCUCGCUUUUCCUGAGCAGCGGCAACAUCGCCAGCGACCGGCAGGCCGUCUACUCCCGCGGGAUAACCUGCGUAGUGAACGCCACGGUGGAGAUGAGCAGCCCUCGCUGGCCGGACGUGGAGGUGGUGCGCGUCCCGCUCCCCGAUGUCCCCCACGCCCCCCUCUCCCUCUACUUCGACACGGUCGGCGACAAGAUCCGCCAGGUCUCCCGACGCAACGGCCGGACGCUAGUCCACUGCGUAGCGGGCGUCAGCCGCUCGCCAACGCUCUGUAUCGCCUAUUUGAUGAAGCACCAGCGGAGGUCGUUGCUGCAAGCCCACGACUGGGUUCGAUCCAGGCGCCCGGUGAUACGUCCGAACCUCGGCUUCUGGCGGCAACUUGUCGACUACGAACGGAGGCUCUUUGGCAAAAAUACGGUCAGCAUGGUCCCUACCGCUAUGGGCAUGGCUCCCGAUGUUUACCAAGGCCAGGUGCCCCAGACACUGGCCUCGUACUGGGCAUUCAGAUAAACACAGACACUGACAGAGCAACAGUAGUGGUUGUUACAGCUAACGCACGAACACGCCCGCACGCACUAGCAGUGAUUACAGUCCUCACACUAACACGCCCGCACGCACACACAUGCUCCACAAACCCUGGCCUCGUACUGGGCAUUCAGAUAAACACAGACACUGACAGAGCAACAGUAGUGGUUGUUACAGCUAACGCACGAACACGCCCGCACGCACAAGCAGUGAUUACAGUCCUCACACUAACACACCCGCACGCACACACAUGCUCCACAAACCCUGGCCUCGUACUGUAGUGGUGG